AUGACGAAGCAUCAUAUGCCAAAGCAUCUGGAGAAUGCCAGCGAGUUUCGACAUUUCGUGUACGAACUUACAGAGUCCAAGAGUUUUGGUGCAUUCAUUUUGUUCGUGAUUUUAGUAAAUACAGUCAUCCUUGUCGUUCAAACUGACGAAACAAUAUCAAUAAAAGGAGGUUGGUAUUUUUCUGCUAUGGACAACGUAUUCUUGGCUAUUUAUAUUAUGGAGUUAAUUCUCAAACUUUAUGCCUUGGGCUCAUUAUACUUUAGCUCUGGUUGGAAUAUAAUGGACAUGCUUAUCGUCCUCUUCACGACCGUCGAUUUCCUGUUACCGCUAAUCGUUCGUAGUGUGGGCUCAUUUGAUGUUGCUGCCAUCUUUCGCCUACUGAGGAUGUUUCGCGCUAUCCGAGCGUUGCGAGCUCUCAGGGUAUUGAGGACAAUAAGAUUGUUAAAAAAUCUUCAAGUCAUUAUGACGACUAUAUUCAAAUCGUUUCGAGCGCUCAGUACAAUUGUCUUGUUGAUGCUUUUGUUUCUCUAUAUGUUUGCAGUAAUCGGUCGCGAGUUGUUCAGCACAGUCGAUCCGAAGAGAUUUGGUACUUUGGCCAAAGCACUCCUCACAUUGUUCCAGCUCAUAACGUUAGAUGAUUGGUUCUACAUGUACACGGAUAUUAUUGCUGUGAAUCCCAAUUAUGGUUACGUGAUAAUCUACCUUGCAUUAUACAUAGUUUUGGAGAACUUUAUCUUUAUGAACUUAUUUGUUGCUGUGCUUGUCGAUAACUUCCAACGAACUCUAUCGUCGACGGAAAAAGGGAGAAGGGGAACGUUGACAGUGUUUCCGGCUGAAAAUGUUGAAGAAAGCGGAAGUGAAAUGCAAGAAGAAGAGGAGGAAGAAGAAGAGGAAGAGGAAGAUGACUUCGAAGAUAACGAUCUUAAGCUUGAUACAGCAAGGGACCGAAAGGAGCCGAAAGUUCGCUCGAUUGAGUUCUUCUAUCCUUCUGUUAAUGACAAGAAGGCUGAACUUCUUUCAGAAUACUUUCAAAUAAUGGCUUCACUUGAUUACAACUACUACCAAAUAUCGAAUCAGUUCAAGGUGCUUGAUGAUCUAACUGACAUCACUGCUGAUAUUCCAGAUGUACCAGAAGAUUUGAUAUAAAUUCCUGUGUAAAUAUUUACUUUAACAAAGUUUUUUAGAAUCUAUAGAUUUGGUAGUUUAGACUCCUGUGAAAACACUUGAUGCGGGUAAAGUUUGAACACGAUGUUCAAAACAAAUUUUCUGAAAUGUGAAAAUAGACACUUAUCUUUCCUGCGUAAACCGACGUCAUUAGUUGACGUAAAUAAAUCGGUCAUUACGUCAUUACUUGUGCGAAGCCAUCCAAGCAAGCAUUUAUUUAGACGGGGAAGAUACACGUUUUACUUGUCAAAUCAAGACAACCGUGACUUAUUUUAUUGGAUCAAAUUAAUUUCCGACUUUGGUGAAUUUGUCACCGUUAUAUUAAAUAAAAAUAUUUGUUGCAA